ACCACUCAGCAACCAAUUUGGCAUAGUAGGAAUUCAGGUAUCUGGGAGAAUGUAUAUUUAAAUGUUCUUGUAAAAGAUUCUGGUGGUCUAUCUCGCUACUUUCAUGUCGACCACGCAGAAAUUUCUCUCACAUCAAGAACACCAAAUGUUCAACCAAGUCCUACUGUUAAAUCACCACCAUCUUCGCCAUCAUCAUAUAGACUAUCUUCACCAAAGCCAAGGAAAGGAAAGCCAACACGAUUCGAUCAAAAAUAG